UCCGUCAAAUAUGAACUACCAAGUAUCAAGUCCUACUUGAUCUGUUAUAAAGUCAAAAAUCAAAAUAUUAAAAUGGCUGACGGAACUCCGAGUAAAAGCGAUAUUGAAGCUAUUUUUCAGAGAUUACGAUCUGUUUCAGCCAAUAAAAUAUGUUUUGACUGCAAUGCAAAGAACCCUACGUGGUCGUCGGUGACGUACGGAGUUUUCAUCUGCCUAGACUGCUCAGCGGUGCACCGGAGUCUUGGAGUGCACAUAACCUUCGUACGGUCCACCCAGCUUGACACCAACUGGACAUGGAAGCAAUUAAGGAAUAUGCAGCUAGGUGGAAACGUAAAUGCGACUCAGUUUUUCCGUACACAUGGGCUGGUAACCGACGAUGCACGUCAAAAGUACAAUUCAAGAGUUGCACAAAUGUACAAAGACAAACUUAAUACAAUGUCUGAACAAGCCAUGAAAACAUAUGGUACAAAACUACAUUUGGAACCUGCAACAGCUGAGAAAGAAAACAAGUCAACUAAGGAGGUAGACUGGUUUGCAGAACAUACUGAUGGCACUAACAUUGACUCAGAGGCCUACUCCGCGGCGGUGACUACGGUGAACAAUUUCAGCGAAGAAGCUCGGCUCUGGGGCGCGAAAGAUUCUGAAGACGCGCGGCCGACGAGCGGAGCCACAUCGAGACAAACGGCGAGGAGGACAAAAACUUUGUCUCCGAAGCUAGGUGCUCGCAAAGGAGGCCUAGGUGCGACCAAGGUGGCCGCCAACUUCGACGACAUCGAGCGAGAAGCUAUGAUGGCCGAAAAGCUGAGAAUGGAGACGCCGGCCGCCCGGGCCCAGCCUACGGCCGAGGCAGUCGCCGAGGAGGUGGCCGCUCUGCGUUUGCAGUACCGCCCCGACCAGGCCCGGCAGCACGCCGACAGACUCGGCAUGGCCAACACUGCGGCUCGAGACCGAGGCGGAGUGUCGCACAGCGCCACGCACGCCAUGCAGAGCAUCGAGCAGGAGGACGCGUCCUCCGCCGCCGACGCGCCCGACGUGGACGACUUCGCCGCCGCUUUCACCAUGAUCAGAAAUGAGCCGUUCGGUCGCGGCUGUGACUUCGGCGGCGGCGAGACCGAGCGUCAGAUCGUCCCGGAACCCGGGCGGUUCUCGCGCCCCCCGCCGAGCUCCGAGCCCCGCCGCGCCCCUCGCUCCCGAGCUCGCGACGACGACGACGACUCCGCCGUCAAGAAGUUCGGCUCCGCCAAAUCCAUCAGCUCAGCGCAGUUUUUCGGCGAUCAGGAGUCUCGCGGCGACGAGUCGGCGCUGUCACGGUUCUCGGGAAGCUCGCACAUCUCGUCGGCUGAGCUGUUCGGCGGCGCCGCCCCUCGCCAGCCCGCCUUCGCGGUCUCCGCGCCGGACCUCGACGACGUCCGCGAGUCGGUGCGCAUGGGCGUGACGCGCGUGGCCGGGCGCCUGUCGUCGCUGGCCAACGGUGUGGUGUCGUCCAUCCAGGAGAAGUACGGCUACUGAUGGCCGUCUGCGGAGGGCGACUGUUGCAUUUUGUCAUUUCAAUAUCUCCAAAAUAUCAAAGCAAUCGAAGGAGCGAUUAUUAACUUUGUAUUUAUUCUACAACAUUUUGCAUAUUCUUGUACAUUUGUAAGUAUCAUGCUUCCAUCGUAAGCUUUUCAUGAUGUGACUUGCGACUCGGUCCUUCGCUGAAAACAUUCCACAAACCGGGAAUAUGAAUCGUGAGCGGCUCCACGAUGUUGACAUUGUAUAUAUUCAAUUUUAGAAAAAAUAAACAAAUGCGUUUUUCGAUAUUUAUUUGGUACUUUGUGAAUACUGGUGAACCUCUAUGCUCUAUUAUGAUUGGAUUAAUAAAAAUAUAUUUUCUAUA